AUGCCACCAGCAUCAACUUCAUCAUCGAAGGUUAAAACCGUAUCAAUGAAGUCACUGCAAGUGAAACUCAACGGACUGCAGGCUUCUUUUUCAAACAUUGUGAGCUUCAUGAAUGAAUAUCCUGAGGGGACAACCGCCAAUCAGAUCGCAGUUCGUCUUGAGAGGUUGGAUGAUUUGUGGGAAAAGACAAACGAUAUUUAUUACGAAAUUGAGUGUCAUGAAGAUUUUUCACCUGAUGAAGAAGUCUAUGUGAAGGAGCGUUCAGUUUUUGAAAAUCGAUAUUACGAUGUGAAAUCAUUUCUGUUAGAUAAGGCCAGGGAGCUAGAAGAUACUGGUAAUUUGAACCAAACAACAAGGCAAUUAGAUGCAACAAUGCAGGGAGUAACCGAACAUGUACGUCUUCCAAUGAUUAAGCUGCAAUGUUUCGACGGUAACAUCGACGAGUGGCUCAGCUUUAGGGAUCUUUUUACUUCACUAAUUCGUUUGAAGCCUGAGUUACCGGACGUAGAAAAACUGCAUUAUCUCAAAGGAUGUUUAGAAGGCGAAGCGAGGGCGCUAAUCGAUUCUUUGAAGAUCACAAAGGCAAACUAUCAUAUUGCCUGGGAAUUGUUGCUCAAGCGUUAUAAUAACAGCAAACUAUUGAAGAAGAAACAGAUGCAAGCACUAUUCAAACUACCAACUAUAGUCAAGGAAUCGGUCGUAGAAUUGCGCUCAUUACUGGAAGGAUUUGAGAAAAUCGUUAACACGUUGGAUCAGAUAACACAACCAGCAGAUUUCAAAGACUUACUGCUGGUGAAUAUUCUCAGUUCCCGGUUGGAUCCAUACACACGAAGAGGGUGGGAGGAAUUUUCCUCUACGAGAGAGCAAGAUACGCUUCCUGAACUCAUCGAAUUUCUGCAGCGACGUGUGCGAAUUUUGGAAGCGCUCCCUGCUAAAUCAUCGGAAAAUAAACACGAGCAAACCGCAGUUAUUAGAAAUGGGCCAACCCCAAUACGCGUCAGUCACCAUGCUGCUCCACAUAUAAGCGGGACAUGUCCUGCAUGUCCCGAUACACAUUGGCUUUAUUUGUGUCCCACCUUCCAGCGCAUGUCAAUUCCGAGUAAGGAAUCAGUUUUACGCUCCAACAAUCUGUGUCGGAAUUGUUUUAAAAAGGGCCAUCAGGCAAAGGAAUGUCUAUCGAAAAAUUCCUGCCGUAACUGCAAGGGUCGACACCACACCAUGGUAUGUUUCAAAACAGAAGCAUCAGGAACUCAUGCGAAGCAGGUGAAAUCACGGCAAAUCAGAGAUCACACUCAAGGGUUGCAAACAUGGCGGCAACAAAUUCAGCUUCAUCAACAACAUCGGUCAAUCAAUCUUCGAAAAUUCUCUUAG